CAAUACACGUCGACCAUGAAGUCGGUUUUGUGUGGAGUUACGCUGGCUUGCGGUGGAAUUUGGCAAGCCAAUUCGUUCACCUUUCGUCCGCUACCCGUCACGAGACCCGUUAUUGGCUUGUUGGCUACGUUGGAUCGCGUCAAUGAAAAGUCCACGGUGGAACCCUCCUCGGGGGAUCCACAACUCCAGCCGAUUCGGCGGUUGCGGCAAAACAAGAAGGAGCCUUUGAUUGCGAUUGUGGGACGUCCCAAUGUCGGGAAAAGCGCUUUGGUGAAUCGUAUUGCGGGAUCGCAGUCUGGUGGUGCCAUUGUGGCGGACGAAAGUGGAAUUACCCGGGAUCGCACCUACCGUCCCGCCGAGUUCCUCGGCGAGCGCUUCAUGAUUGUGGACACGGGCGGUCUCGUAUUUGACGAUGACGAAAGCACACUCUUUGCCAAAGAGAUUAGGGAACAGGCUAUGGUGGCGAUUGAAGAGAGCGCGGCAGUUAUCAUGGUAGUCGACGGUCAAACCGGACUGACCGGGAUGGACUUGAUGAUUGCCGAGUUUCUACGCAAAGAAGUGGAUAUUCCCGUGCACGUGGCAGUGAACAAGUGCGAAAGUGAGAAAACGGGUGCCAUGUCCGCUGCCGACUUUUGGGGACUCGGAUUGGGCGAGCCCUUUCCGGUUUCGGCCCUCCACGGAGUAGGCACGGCCGAAAUCAUGGAAACCAUAUUCGACUCGAUUGCCGAGAAGAAGACAUUUGAUGCCGAGGACCGUCCCGAGGAGAUAAAUAUUGCCAUUAUUGGUAGACCCAAUGUCGGCAAGUCUUCCCUGUUGAAUUCCAUCUUUGGGGACACACGUGCGAUCGUGUCUGAGAUGGCUGGAACGACACGCGAUUCGAUCGAUGCCGUCAUGGAACGUCCGCCACCGCCCGGAAGUGACGAUCUGUCUACAAUUUACCGCUUCGUAGACACGGCGGGUAUUCGUCGGAAAGGAAAGGUUGAUUUUGGUCCCGAAUUCUUCAUGGUCAAUCGAGCACUCCGGGCGAUUCGACGUGCCGAUGUCGUCCUUCUUAUUCUGGAUGCCACUUCCGGUGUAGCCGAACAAGAUCGUGUCUUGGCGCAGAAAAUUGCCGAUGAUGGACGCGCAUGCGUGAUCGUUUGCAACAAAUGGGAUGCUGUCGUUGAUAAGGAUUCAACAACGUACGACAAGUCGGUCCAAUACUUUCGAGAAGAAUUGCCGAUGAUUCGUUGGGCCCCUAUCUUAUUUAUCUCGGCUGCCACUGGGCAACGUGUUGGCAAGAUAUACAGCGCCAUUGACGGUGCCAUCGAAGCUCAUCGUAAACGGAUAAGCACGGCUAUUCUCAACGAAGUUUUGAGAGAUGCUAUUUUGUGGCAGCCACCUCCGACACGCCGCAACGGGUCACAGGCGAAGAUAUACUACUGCAACCAAGUGAGUACGCGACCACCUACCGUCGUUGUUUUCUGCAAUGAUCCCAAACUGGUCAACGACAAUUACAGGCGUUACUUGGAUCGUAAGUUCCGUGAAUCACUGGAUGGAUUUGAAGCGACUCCCAUUCGAUGGAUUUUCCGAGGCCGUCGUGUACGUGAUGUCAUGAGGAAUCGCUCCAUGAAUGGAGAUCCCGGUGACGGUGGCACCGGCGUCAGUUUCCCCUUUCCCCAUGCCGACUAACCAUGUAAAUCAAACCAUCUUUUAUAAAUAUUGAUAUUUGCUCCUUA